UGCGCAGUACGUAACGCUCAUAUUUUUCAGAUAUCUGCGACAUUUCGUCGAGUGAGUUGUGCUCUUGUUCUCUUGGAUAUAAAUUCACUUUAAUACACUCAAAUCAUAAUGGUUACAUAUGCUUUUUUGAUCUCUUAAUACCCUUCUUCUUCCCGGAGCUCCUAAUAUAUGACUGUUUUUUUUUUUCACGUGCAAAGUGCUGUGGUGUGUGUGUGAAGUAGCUUUUGAGUUGGGGCAACCAAAUGCAACAAUAAAAUGCAAUUAAGCUGCUCAAAUCAACAAUAAAUUGAAUUAAAGCGCGUCAACAGCGCUUAACUACUUCAGCGACAACAGCGACUGAAGCGCGAGCUGAGCGAAAUGUGGUUUCGAUUUCAGUCAAAUGCGGCGCUAAAAUGUAACUUCCACCAAAGAAACCAACGAUAAUCGAUAAACGAUAGAAAAAAAUUGAAAGCCAAUUAAAGAAAUCGCAAGGGGUGAAGUUCGAUUGUUGUUCCCGCUUCGAUGACUAUGUUUUGGCACCAAAAUGUAGAUCAACAGCCGGAUCAACGGGACUCAGCAAAACAGCCAAAGAGUUCAGCUCCCACAAAGAGACUGAAUAUCAGCUUUAAUGUAAAGAUCGCGGUGAAUGUGAAUACCAAGAUGUCCACCACUUAUAUCAACCACCAGGCUCCUUAUUCCCAUUCCCCAAAUGGUUCGCCCAGCAAGAUUGUUGUCCGUCAGCAGAGCAGAAGCUUCGAUCUCCGCCAGCAACUGGCACGUUUGGGUCGCCAAAUGGCCAGCGGUCAGGAUGGCCACGGUGGCAUAUCCACUAUCCUCAUCAUCAAUCUCCUCCUGCUGAUUCUUCUUUCGAUCUGCUGCGAUGUCUGUCGAUCCCACAACUAUUCGGUACAUCAGAGUCCCGAGCCCGUAACCAAGGACCAAAUAGGCCUGCUCCGUCCCAAACUGGAUAGCGAUGUCGUGGAAAAGGUUGCCAUCUGGCACAAACAUGCCGCCGCCGAUCCGCCCAGCAUUGUCGAGGGCAUCGCCAUUAGUAGCAGACCCCGGGCUCCCCCAUCUUCAGCGGAUUCACAUUCGGAACGGGAUUUGCCGGAGGAACUGCAUGGUGUUGACGAGCGAGUCGUCCUUGAACGGGUUACACGGGAUUGUGUCCAGCGAUGUAUUGUUGAGGAGGAUCUGUUUCUGGACGAGUUUGGGAUACAAUGUGACAAGGCGGACAACGGGGAGAAGUGCUACAAAACACGCUGCGCCAAGGGCUGCGCCCAAUGGUAUCGAGCCCUCAAGGAGCUGGAGCCGUGCCACGAGGCCUGCAUGUCUCUUCAGUUCUACCCUUUCGACAUGCCCUGCAUCGGAGCCUGUGAGAUGGCCCAGCGAGACUAUUGGCACCUUCAGCGACUAGCCAUUAGCUACUUGGUGGAACUAACCCAGCCGCAGCUGGAGCGGGCUCCGCGGUCAGACGGACAGACCACGCCGCUUACUAUUCGCUGGGCAAUGCAUUUUCCGGAACACUACCUGUCCAGUCGGCCCUUUAACAUCCAGUACCAGUACGUAGAUCAUCACGGAGAGGAACAGGAUCUGGAGCAGGAAGACCAGGCUGGGGGUUCCAGCGCCUGGUUUAAUCUAGCUGACUACGACUGUGAUGAGUACUUCGUUUGUGAGAUCCUCGAAGCCCUCAUACCGUACACCCAGUAUAGGUUCCGCUUCGAGUUGCCAUUUGGCGAGAACGGAGACGACGUACUCUACUCCCCAGCCACGCCCGCCUAUCAAACACCUCCCGAGGGCGCACCCAUUUCGGCUCCGGUUAUCGAGCACUUUUUGAGUCUGGACGACAGUCAUCUGGCAGUCCACUGGCAUCCUGGUCGUUUCACCAAUGGACCCGUCGAGGGAUACCACCUGCGCCUUAGCUCCUUCGAGGGCAACCGAACAAUUGAGCAGCUGGUUCCAGCUGGGCGUGGAAGUUUCAUCUUUUCCCAGCUUCAGUCGGGCACCAACUAUACAUUAGAACUGACGAUGAUCAAUAAGCAGGGUGAGGGUCCGAUAGCCAAGGGGUUUGCAGAAACGCAUCCCGCCCGAAAUGAUAGGCCUGUAAAGGAUUUAACCGAAGGUAUCCUUUUGGCCGGACGAAGGGCUGUGCUUUGGCAAUCUCUAGAGCCAGCAGGGGAGAGUUCAAUGAUAUAUCAGUCGCAAGAGGAACUAGCUGAUAUCGCCUGGUCAAGGCAAGAGCAACAAUUGUGGCUACUUGAUGUCCAUGGUGAAUUGCGAACCUUGAAAUUUGAGUCAGGACAGAUGAUGAGCCCGGCCCAGAAGCUAAAGCUGGAUCUGGGUAACAUCUCCAGUGGGCGUUUAGUACCCCGCAGGCUGAGCUUUGACUGGCUGCAUCAUCGACUCUAUUUUGCCAUGGAGUCGCUAGAUCGAAAUCAAUCAAAGUUCCAGAUAAUUAGAACGGAUUUGGAGGGCGGAGCAGCUGAAGAAUCGGGGAAAUCCUUCGAUCUGCCGGUUGAGCAGCUAGAAGUUGAUGCCCUGAAUGGCUAUAUAUUCUGGAGGAAUGAGGAAGCCCUGUGGCGUCAGGAUUUGCAUGGUCGAAUGGCCUAUCGCCUGUUGAGGAUCAGGCAGCCGGGUUGGUUUAUUGUGCAGCCCCAACACUUCUUCAUCCGCCUAAUGUUGCCGCAGGAAGGGAAAUUCCUGGAGAUUAGCUUCGAUGGUGGUUACAAGCAUCCAUUGCCGCUUCCACAGCAUCCGACUGGAACUGGAGCUUCAUCCUCCGUCUGGCAGACCUUUGCUCUCCUAGGUCGAUACUUGCUUCUUCCAGAGGUUGGUCAACUAAUCCUGGUGGAUCAAAAGAAUCAGGGAGCUAGUGCUUCCUGGCCUUUAAGGAACUUACCCGACUGCUGGGCCAUGAUUCUCUUGGUGCCUGAAAGUCAACCUCUGACCAAUGUCGGAGGCAGACCCCAUAGUUUAAAGGCCUUGUUGGGAUCUCAGGCUGCGAAGAUCUCAUGGAAGGAGCCAGAACGCAAUCCGUAUCAGUCUGCAGAUGCCGCUCGCAACUGGAGCUACGAACUGGAAGUUCUUGACGUGGCCAGUCAAAGUGCCUUUAACAUCCGAAAUAUUGGUGGACCCUUCUUUGGCUUGCAGCGUUUGCAACCGGACAAUCUCUACCAGCUGCGCGUGAGGGCCAUAAAUGCGGAUGGAGAACCAGGAGGAUGGACUGCCCCACUGGCUGCCCGCACGUGGCCACUAGGUCCUCAUCGGCUGAGAUGGUCAAGCCGAGAGGGAAAGCUGCUCCAGACCGACGAACUCGGCGAGGGUUUGCAUGUGCAGCAGGAACGUUUGGAGCGCCUACCGGGACCCAUGACCAUGGUGAACGAAAGCGUUGGAUACUAUGUAAGUGGCCAGGGACUGUUGCAUUGCAUCAAUCUAGUGCACAGCCAGUGGGGAUGUCCGAUCUCGGAGCCAUUGCAUCACGUUGGAUCGGUAACCUAUGACUGGCGGGGCGGAAGAGUCUACUGGACGGACCUGGCUAGGAACUGUGUGAUGCGUAUGGAUCCAUGGUCGGGCAGCCGGGAAUUGCUGCCCAUCUUCGAGGCCCGCUCUCUGGCAUUCGAUUCACGUCACGGUCACCUGUACUAUGCAACCAGCACACAUCUUUCCCGCCACGGAUCCACCCCGGACGAAGCUGUUUCCUAUUAUCGAGCCAAUGGACUGGAGGGUAGCAUCGCCUCUUUUGUUUUGGACAUCCAUCAGGAUGAGCUCUAUUGGUUGGUGGUUGGUUCUGGCGCUUUACGUCUCUAUCGAUCUCCCUUGAUCCCUAGCAGUGAUACGGUGAAGUUGAUUCACCAAAUGAAAGGCCUCCAAGCUAUUCCCCAGAGUUUACAACUCCUGAGACCAUUGGGUGCACUUCUCUGGUUGGAGCGCAGUGGCAGGAGGGCUCGUUUGGUACGCUUGGCUGCUCCUGAAGAUGUUAUGGAGAUACCGACUCCGGAAGAAGCCUCUCCGGCUUCCGCCUUGCAGUUGUUGGAUCAGCAACCACUUCCAUCGCCGGAUGAGGGGGUUAUUCCCUUGAUCGUGACUCCGGACACCGUACGUUUGGACGACGGGCAUUGGGAUGAUUUCCAUGUUAGAUGGCAACCUUCGACAUCCGGUGGUAACCAUAGUGUCUCAUAUCGUCUGCUCUUAGAGUUCGGUCAAAGACUUCAGACGCUGGACUUGACCACUCCAUUCGCCCGACUUACCCAACUGCCGCAGGCGCAAUUGCAGUUGAAGAUUAGCAUUACACCGCGUACCGCUUGGAGAAGUGGUGAAACCACACGGGUGCAGCUCACCACACCGCCGGCAGCUCCCAGCCAGCCUCGUCGGCUAAGGGUGUUCGUGGAGCGUUUGGCCACUGCGCUCCAGGAGACAAAUGUGAGUGCCGUCCUCCGUUGGGAUGCCCCAGAGCAGGGCCAGGAGGCUCCAGUGCAGGCAUUGGAGUACCACAUCAGCUGCUGGCUGGGUUCCGAGCUGCAUGAGGAGCUUCGGCUUAACCAGAGUGCCUUAGAAGCUCGUGUGGAGCACCUGCAACCCGACCAGACUUAUCACUUUCAGGUGGAGGCACGAGUGGCAGCUACGGGAGCAGCGGCCGGAGCCGCUAGUCAUGCACUCCACGUGGCACCAGAAGUGCAGGCGGUGCCACGCCUGCUCUACGCCAAUGCAGAGUUUAUUGGGGAACUGGACCUGGACACAAGGAAUCGCAGGAGGCUUGUCCAUACCGCCAGUCCAGUGGAGCACCUGGCUAUCAUCGAAGGCGAACAGAGGCUACUGUGGGUCAAUGAACACGUAGAGCUCCUCACCCACAUCCCCGGAGCAGCUCCAGCUAAGUUGGCUAGGAUGCGAGCCGAGGUCUUGGCUUUGGCUGUGGACUGGGUCCAGCGGAUUGUUUACUGGGCAGAACUGGAUGCCAGUGCUUCUCAGGCGGCGGUCAUCUAUCGCCUGGAUCUUUGUAAUUUUGGGGGCAAGAUUUUGCAAGGUAAUCGAGUGUGGAGCACGCCCAAGGGCCGUCUGCUGAAGGAUCUGGUGGCCCUGCCCCAAGCUAGAUCUCUGAUCUGGUUGGAGUACGAGCAAGGAUCUCCGAGAAAUGGUUCCCUCAGGGGUAGGAAUCUAACCGAUGGCUCAGAACUGGAGUUGGUCACGGUACAGCCACUGAUCCGCCUGCAUGCCGGUAGCUUAGAGCCGGGAUCCGAGACCUUGAACCUAGUAGAUCACCAGGGUAAGCUAUGUGUCUACGAUGUGGCCCGCCAGCUGUGCACGGCCAGCGCUUUGCGGGCCCAAUUAAAUUUGUUAGGCGAGGAGUCCAUCGCCGGACAACUGGCCCAGGACUCGGGGUACCUUUAUGCUCUGAAAAACUCGAGCAUUCGUGCCUACGGUCGCCGACGCCAGCAGCUGGAGUAUAUGGUGGAACUGGAACCGGAGGAAGUGCGUCUGCUUCAGGCCCACAACUAUCAGGCGUAUCCGCCCAAAAGUUGUCUGCUCCUUCCUCCUGCCGGCGUAUCUUUUCUAGAUAUCGCUGAUUGCGAGGAGAGAAGAUGCCGAUUAAGUCUGCCCUUCAUCAAAGCCUUAGAUGAUUGUCAGUUGCCAGUUCCUGGUGUCAGAUACCAAUUGAAUCUCACUCUGGCCAAGGAGCAUGGAUCCCAGGAGCAGCCAGGCGAACCCCUGGGACAGUGGCUGCUCGGUGCUGGGGAAUCCCUGAAUAUAACCGAUCUCCUGCCAUUUACUCGUUAUCGUUUAUCAGGAAUUCUGAGCAGUUACUACCAAAAGAAGUUGGGACUACCCACCCUUGUUUUGCCGCCGCUGGAACUCGUCACUGCCUUUGCCACGCCAUCGGCUCCAAGGAACUUCAGUGUUCGUGUGCUGAGCCCCAGGGAACUGGAGGUCAGCUGGUUGCCACCGGAGCACCUGCGCAGUGAAAGUGUCUACUAUACCCUGCACUGGCAACAGGAACUGGACGGUGAAGAAGGCCAGGAUCGAAACGAAUGGGAACCGCGGGAGCGUCGUCUCGAGGCAGCGGGUGUCCACCGGUUGACCGGAAUCAAGCCUGGAUCCGGCUACCGCCUUUGGGUUCUGGCCCAUGCCACGCCCACCAAGAGCAACAGCAGCGCUAUGGUGCACGUGCGAAGUUUUACCGAGUUGCCGGAGCUACAGCUCCUAGAGCUGGGGCCAUAUUCCCUAAGUCUUACCUGGGCAGGAACGCCUGACCCUCUGGGAUCCCUGCAGCUUGAGUGCCGUUCACCGGGUGAGCAGUUGCGGCGGAAUGUGGCCGGAAACCACACAAAGAUGGUGCUGGAGCCACUACAGCCACGCACCAGAUACCAGUGUCGUCUGCUCCUGGGCUAUGCGGCCAAUCCGGGAGCUCCCUUAUACCAUGGCACGGCGGAGGUCUACGAAACGCUGGGGGAUGCACCCAGUCCGCCGGGAAGACCGCAAUUGGAGCACAUUGCCGAGGAGGUGUUCCGCGUUACCUGGACUCCGGCCCGAGGUAAUGGAGCUCCAAUCGCUCUCUACAAUUUGGAGGCUUUGCAGGCGAGGAGCGACAAUCGCCGAAGGCGCAGAAGAAGACGCCGCGACAGCGGGGGAUCGCUGGAGCAACUGCCAUGGGCCGAGGAACCUUUAGUAGUGGAGGACCAGUGGUUGGAUUUCUGCAACACCACCGAGCUGAGCUGCAUCGUCAAGAGUCUGCACUCGAGCAGGUUGGUCCUUUUCCGGGUACGUGCCCGGAGUCUAGAGCACGGAUGGGGUCCUUUCAGUGAGGAGAGCGAGCGGGUGGCAGAGCCCUAUGUCUCGCCGGAAAAGCGUGGCUCUCUGGUCCUGGCCAUCAUUGCGCCGGCGGCCAUCGUUUCCAGCUGCGUCCUGGCGUUGGUCCUCGUCCGAAAAGUUCAAAAGCGUCGGUUGCGUGCCAAGAAACUGCUCCAGCAGAGUCGUCCCAGCAUUUGGAGCAACUUGUCUACCUUGCAGACCCAACAGCAGCUAAUGGCCGCCAGGAAUCGCGCCUUCUCCACAACGCUAAGUGAUGCUGAUAUCGCCCUGCUGCCCCAGAUAAAUUGGAGCCAACUCAAGCUGCUUCGAUUUCUGGGCAGCGGAGCCUUUGGAGAGGUGUACGAGGGUCAGCUGCAAACAGAGGACUCCGAAGAGCCACAGCGAGUGGCCAUCAAGAGCCUGCGAAAAGGUGCCAGCGAAUUUGCAGAGCUGCUUCAGGAAGCACAGCUGAUGAGCAACUUCAAGCACGAAAACAUUGUUUGCCUGGUGGGGAUCUGCUUUGACACCGAGUCCAUCUCCCUGAUCAUGGAGCACAUGGAGGCCGGCGAUCUACUUAGCUACCUACGAGCCGCUCGGGCGACCAGCACGCAGGAACCACAACCCGUGACAGGACUCUCUCUUUCCGAACUUUUGGCCAUGUGCAUUGACGUGGCCAACGGUUGCAGUUACUUGGAGGAUAUGCACUUCGUGCAUCGCGAUUUAGCGUGCCGAAACUGUUUGGUCACAGAGUCGGCGGGCGGUACGGAUCGGCGGCGUACAGUAAAGAUCGGAGACUUUGGUUUGGCGCGGGACAUCUACAAAAGCGAUUACUAUCGCAAGGAGGGCGAAGGCUUGCUACCGGUGCGCUGGAUGUCUCCGGAAAGUCUUGUGGACGGACUCUUCACCACGCAGUCGGACGUGUGGGCCUUCGGAGUCCUUUGCUGGGAAAUACUUACACUCGGCCAGCAGCCGUACGCGGCGAGGAAUAACUUUGAGGUCUUGGCACACGUUAAGGACGGUGGACGCCUCCAGCAGCCUCCCAUGUGCCCAGAAAAGCUUUAUGCCCUCCUCCUGCUCUGUUGGCGAACGGAUCCCUGGGAACGGCCUAGUUUUCGGCGCUGCUACAACACCCUCCAUGCCAUUAGCACCGAUCUCCGACGCAGCCAGAUGGCAUCUUCUAUGGCAGAUACGACGACGGCCAGCAGCUCCAAGCCGGAGCUGAAGGUGCGAUUCGAUGGACAGUCACAGGAGCAAAAGGAGCAGUCGACGGCGGAGAAUCUUACGCUGCAGGAAGCGCCGCUAAAGGAUAAGCCACUGUAUGCCAACGAGGGUGUCUCCAGGCUUUAAGAAGGACUCCCUCACAAAGGACGUCUCAAAGCAAGUGGUCGGUUUUGUAACCACGAUUUAGUUUUCCGCUUAAUCUAAGACUAACUUUAAUUUGUAUGUCUAUAAAAGAAUAUAAAAUGGUUCAUAAGGAA